AUGAGCAACCAUGAUCGUCACGGCUCUUCUUAUCGUCCAAGCCAGUUCACGAGUUUGUAUGUAGCAAAUCUCGAUCCACAAGUCUCUGAUGAAGCAUUGAUUCAGAUCUUCUCGGGUUUCGGAAAGAUUAUAAGAUCGGUUAGAGCAAAGGAUUUCAGAGGAGAGUCGCGAGGAUUUGCUUUCAUUGAGUUUGAAAGCAGUGAUAGCGCUGAACAAGCCGUUGAACACAUGAACGGAAGUUUAAUAGGUCAGAAGGUUCUAUACGUUGAGAGCACACCAAAGGUCGACGACGGUGAAUACAUAUAG